GACGACGUUUAGAAGGUAGCCAUCUUGCAAUCCCUAAUCAAAGAUCUUUGGCUAGCGGGUUUCGUUGUCUGGUUUUUCGGCCAGUUAAUAUCAACACACAGUUCAUCAGAUGGCUUUAAAACGAAUUAAUAAGGAACUUCAAGAUCUUGGAAGAGAUCCACCUGCACAAUGCUCAGCUGGUCCCGUAGGAGAAGAUUUAUUCCACUGGCAAGCCACUAUAAUGGGACCACCUGACAGUCCAUACCAAGGAGGCGUUUUUUUCCUUACAAUCCACUUUCCCACAGAUUAUCCCUUUAAACCACCUAAAGUAGCAUUCACGACCAGAAUUUAUCACCCUAAUAUAAACAGUAAUGGAAGUAUUUGUCUGGAUAUAUUGAGAUCACAGUGGUCUCCAGCACUCACUAUUUCAAAAGUGUUACUAUCAAUAUGCUCUCUCCUAUGUGAUCCAAAUCCAGAUGACCCGUUAGUACCGGAAAUAGCAAGGAUAUACAAAACCGACAGGGAGAAGUACAACGAAUUGGCACGUGAAUGGACGCGCAAGUAUGCCAUGUGAUGCGUCAGUUUCUGUUGACUUCAACAUCUAAACACCACCAACGAGCAGCCCCAGCCUAAUGCCACUUAUCGUUCAGCACCGAUUCAAACUAGCAAUUGCUCGUCCGAUUUUAAAGUUGUGCCGCAGUUGAGGCUCGCAGGAGCGCUCAGGUCAUACGUGAUUCAACGCCAAAAGAUUCUAGUUCCUGGGUAGCCUGCGAGUUUUAAGACGGCGACACGAAGGCUACUGAGGCAAUUUUAAAGGUGGUCACACAAUAUUAUUCAUCUAAAUCGACAAAAAAAAAAGAAUGUCCGCUUUGAUUUUCAUAAACAAUAAAGAAAUUAAAUUUAAAAAACAAAAUAGGAGAGUGAAAGUAGGAUUUGUAUUUGAACUUAAUAGUUUAAUUUUCAAUGAUUGUGCUUAUAAUAUUGUAAUAUCGUAAACCUACUUUCUCAGUGAAAAAAAAAACCAAACUUCGUACUGACAUCACACCGGUUGUUAGUUUUUAUGCAACUGAGCGAUCUUUGCCCGUCCCUUGAAACAAUGCGGUCACUUUUUUGUAAGACUGGGCUCUAUAUAAAUAUUUCUGAAACUAUACCUAUUCAGUUUUGUUUGAUUAUUAAAAUUCCUUACCUGUUUUAUAACAAUUUUCAUAAAGUACUAUUGAUAUUCAUAGCUCGGUUUGACGGUGUGUGAAAUAAUUUAAUUGUUAAUUUAAUGUUUUUUCGGCUGAACGGCAAAUGUGACUCAGGCUUAUUGGCUUACACUAAUUAUAAAUAUUAUCAGUUAUAUUUAAAUUAAGAAAUUGUCGAAAUUAAAUGUUUAAUCACUUAAAUAAAUCUGCUUUGCGUUACUGAAACUACAGUUAGUUAAUCUAUUGUACUUUUCCCAUUUCAACAAUAAAGCUUGCCUCAAGGCCACUGCCAUAAGUCAAUAAUUUGCCGCUCAUCCACUUAUUUAAUGGCAUUCAUUUAAAUACUUCAUUGUCUAAUAUAUGGAUAUUCUUUUUAUUCUCAAGGGGCCUUUUAUAGUUCUCUCGUUGCCUCGAUAAUCUCCUUCUCUCUUAUAAUAAUUUAAAAAAAAAGUAUUUAUUUUACUACGAAUGUUAUGUUGUAUAUUACUGGACAAUAAUCUGAAUAGCAUAGCAAAAUUUUUUUUUUUAAUCCAAUUCUCACUGAAUGAAUCAAUAUUUGAUGGAAAUAUUCUUUAAUUUAUUAUAACAGAGAAAGAGAAUUUGAAUGAGCUCAAUUUAUUAGAAAAAAAAAUAAUUACGCAUUAUAAUUUCAAUUGUUAAAUGUUAAACUCCCACGCAAUGCUAGAACUUUCGAAUUAAAUAAAUGAUUGUGAUGAGAUUGCACACUUUGAUGGCUCUAGCAGCGUUUAUCUUUUGAUUUUAUUUAACAAAAAUAAAUUUUAAUCGUGAUACGCCAUGAUUGUGGAUCUCUUAAUUAGAGAGUAAGAUAAUUUACAAGAAUGGAACGUGUGUCAAAGUGAAUGUAAAAGUUUUGUAAAGCACAUAUAACCAAUUCCAUCGGUGCUUUAAUAAUUAACAAAAAAAAAGCCUGUGGAUUAUUGAAAAUAAAAAAAAAAUUGUAAACGUAGAAAAGAAUUUAGUUAUCCACGUUGUAAUGGGUGGUUCAUCGAUGCCAAUCAUGUUUUAGAUGAACAUUUAUCAUUGUAAACACGAUAAAGAAAUAAAAGGAAGCGCGGCACGAUAGGUAUUUAAAUUGAUUAAAAAAAUACAAAUUAUUCCGGAUAACCAUUGUUCACAGUUAUUAGAAACAAGAUGCGGUUCAAGUGUAAUUAUUAUUUUUAACGCAAUCAUGAACAUUUUUAAUAACUUAUCUUGUGUACAUUUUAGCAUUAGCCCUUUAUAUAAUAAAGUCCACAUAACAAUAACAA